AUGAUAAAUUACUAUGAAAAUAUAUUUAUUUCUUAUAUCUGGACACAUAUUUCUCUGGAAUGCCAGGCGUGUCUAAUCUAUCUAUCUAUCUAUCUAUCUAUCUAUCUAUCUGAUUCUGUUUACUCUUCAUCUCCCGAUUCUCUAUCUAUCUAUCUACUUUUUUGUUUGCUCUUCAUCACAUUUCUCUCUCUUCUUGCUCUUCAUUUCUCUCUCUUUCUCCCACUCUAUCUAUCUAUCUAUCUAUCUGAGUUUGUUAAUUAUCUAUCUAUCUUAUGUUUGCUCUUCAGCACAUUUCCCUCUCUCUGUCUGCUUUUCAUUCUCAUUUCUCUCUCUUUCUCCCAAUCUAUUUAUCUGAGUUUGUUAAUUAUCUAUCUAUCUACUUUUUCUUUGCUCUUCAUAUUAUUUCUCGGGUUAACAAGUCCCAGACGCCCAAGACCUUGUCUGUCAUUUGUAUUUUUCCUUCCUUCCACCAAUGAACAUCCUACAAACUUAUCACUUCUUUCUUUCUUUUUCAGUUUAUUACUUCAUUCUUUAUUUUCAACUUAUUGCUUCUUUCUUUCUUUUUCAGCCUAUUGCUUCUUUCUUUCUUUUUCAGCCUAUGGCAUCUUUCUUCCUUUUUCAGCUUAUUAUUUCUAUCUUUCUUUUUCAGCUUAUUGCUUCUUUCUUUCUUUUUCAGCUUUUUCUUUCUUUCUUUUUCAGCUUAUUGCUUCUUUCUUUUUCAGCCUAUUGAUUCUUUCUUUCUUUUUCAGCUUAUUACUUCUUUCUUUCAUUCUUUUAUACUUCUUUCUUUCUUUUUCAGCCUAUUGCAUCUUUCUUCCUUUUUCGGCUGAUUACUUUUUCUUUCAUUUUCAGCUUAUUGCUUCUUGCCUCUUUCUUUCUUUUUCAGCUUAUUACUUCCUACUUUAUUUCUUUUUGAGCUUAUUAAUUCUUUCUUUUUUUCAGCUUAUUGCUUCUUUCUUUCUUUUGUUUUCAGCUUAUUACUUUCUUUCUUUUUCAGCUUACUGCCUCUUUCUUUCUUUUUCAGCUUAUUACGUCUUUCUUUUUCAGCUUAUUGCUUCUUUUCUUUCUUUUUCAGCCUAUUGCAUCUUCCUUUCAUUUCGGCUGAUUACUUUUUCUUUCUUUUUCAGCUUAUUACUUCUUUCUUUCUUUUUCAGCUUAUUACUUCUUUCUUUCUUUUUCAGCUUAUUACUUCUUUCUUUCUUUUUCAGCUUUUUCUUUCUUUCAUUUUCAGCUUAUUACUUCUUUUUCAGCUUAUUGCUUCUUUCUUUUUCAGCUUAUUAUUUCCUACUUUCUUUCUUUUUGAGCUUAUUACUUUCUUUUUUUCAGCUUAUUGCUUCUUUUUCUUUCUUUUUCUGCUUAAUACUUCUUUCUUUGUUUUCAGCUUAUUACUUUCUUUCUUUUUCAGCUAAUUGCUUCUAUCUUUCUUUUCAGCUAAUUGCUUCUAUCUUUCAUUUUCAGCUAAUUGCUUCUAUCUUUCUUUUUCAGCUAAUUGCUUCUAUCUUUCUUUUCAGCUAA